AGAGGAGAAGUUAUGGAUUGAAGCCGAGAGACCUGGCUACAACAUCUCGAAAUGGUUUGAUUCAGUCUUGCCAGCAAGGCUGAGACGUUCCCACAACCAUCGUAAUCAUCAUCCAGAUACAACGGACACAAAUUUACCGUCUGAGGAACAAAUGUAUACCUGCUUACGAGCUGUGAGAUCUUCCACAGACGACCUUGCUCUCGCUACAGUCUAGGAACAGGCAUGGCCGCGGCAGCAUGCCAUGGACCUUCAACCUCAACAUCCCAUGUGAAAGUCGGAUGCUAUCAAGAAACACACCAUCUAGAUCCAGAGUAUCCCACGCCGUACUGUCCACGGGUAUUCUGUGAGUAUCAUGCCAUACUACCUCGUAUCUUGAAGCCCUUGGUCGUGAAUACCCGUGUUUCGCGUGGAAACUCGAGACAAGUUUUCGAAUAUGCAAAGCCACAAUCUGCGACCAACUACACGAUAAAUCGCCCGUGUCUCAAAAGAUCAUGCACGCGAAAGGUAUCCAAAACCUCUCUCGAACGAGCUUUCACGACACCCAACACUCAACUCUCGGCUGACACCACCGGAAACGUCCAAAGCCGCCGCAUACCAAUCGGUCUUGUUCUCCAUACACUCGGUAGACUAGGCAUGUCUCUCGCCGCCCGAAACACACCUCAUCCCACAAACAGAGUCCAUCGCGAGAAAUCAAUCCCACAGGGCGAAACAAAACCACGCAAUCUCACCUCGUAUUCUUCCCAAAGUCCACCUCCCCUGAGUCUCGACCGUUCAUACGACCAUUGUCUUACACACCGAACCACAACGCCUCUCCACAAAACGUCAACGUCAAUGCAUCCAAAGACAGGCAUACCUAUCUUCAACCGACCGCAAAAGUUUUGCUUUUUCUCAACGGCCACCGCCAGUUCACUGUCCACCCACAUCUACAAUCCCGAUUUUGCCGUAGAAUCGUACUUCAGCUCCCCUAAAAGGUGGUUCCCAAUAAGAUCCCCAAAACGGUCGGGUAUCUGCAUUAGAUCCCAAAUGAGACAGGGCAACUGAAGGCCUUCAGAGUGACCUCAAACUUGACGGGAACGUUGCAGAGGCAUGUGACGAAUACAACGGCAACGCAGCAAGAUCCGACUCACCGAGCCUUACAGCUCUUCUCCCCCGCGGCCUCCGUAGCCUGACAUCUUGACAUUCGCGCUCGUGCAACGGUCCUCGCACGUAAAAGCUCGUCUGACAAGCAUGAACGAAGCUGGAUGCCAUCUUACCGUGGAUUCACAUCCAACCCACCACAGCGGCGCAGACACAGCCUUUCCCACC